GGUCAUUUCAAUGUCAGUAAUGGAAACGUGUAGCGUUUAACUCCGUGACAUCCGUCAAAAGCUUCGUCCAUUUUAAUUGAAACGGCACCACGUCUACUCAUAUUCCCACCCGUUUAAAACGGCACCACGUUUCCUCCUCAUUUCUUAUUUCUUCUCUUCUUCCUUAAGUUUUUCUCAGUGGGAAGUCAAAUCGACGUCUCUUCGUUCUUAUCACCGCCAUGGAGAAACAGAGAUCGAAGAAGAUGAAGAAGAUCUCCGAUGAUCUGAUAACAUGCAGAGCAAACCCAGUUCAGAUUCCGUUUGACCUAAUCCCGGAGAUACUCAAAGGGUUACCUGUCAAAACCCUAGCUAGGUUCCUCUCUCUAUCGAAAGAAUAUACUUCCAUCAUUCGCAACCGAGACUUCAUGAAAUCGUACUUGAUCAAGUCUUCGACUCGCCCGCAAAGUCUCAUCUUCACAAUCGCUGGCAACGGGAAGCAUUGCUUCUUCUCAUUGCUUGAUCAAGGUGAAUCAACUUCAUCUUCUGUACCAACUUACCUUAUGAAUUGCCAGGAUCUAUUUAGAACCGUUGCUCCUUCUGUUCACGGUCUGAUUUGCCAUGGACCUCCUUCUAAACUAAUAGUAUCUAACCCUAGCACUAGAAGAUCCAAAAUCCUUCCCAAGAUUGAUACUCAGAGUGUAUCUAUAUACCACCAUAUAGGUUAUGAUCCUAUUGAUGGUGAUUACAAAGUGUUGUGUAUGAUCAAAGGCAUGCAUGUUAAAUGGGGACGGUAUUUAGCUCAGGAGCUUCGGGUUUUGACUUUGAGAAAGCGGACUUCUUGGAUGGUGAUUGAAGAUUUUCCUCCUCACUGUCUUUGUUAUGAAGAUACUCCUGAUUUGUGUAUCAAUGGUGUUUUGUAUUAUGUAGCUAUGCUUGAUACAGCCGCGAAUCAUGCAGUCAUGAGUUUUGAUGUUAGAUCUGAAAAAUUUCAUCUUAUUAAAGGAGGACCAGACCAUGACUUCCGUCCAAAGCUGACACGCUAUGAGGGAAAGCCUACACUCCUGUUUCCUGGAAUUGCUGAUUGUAGAAUUCAUUUGUGGGUUCUAGUGGAUGCUGCAAAACAUGAAUGGUCCAAGAUGUCUUAUGAUGUUUUGUCUACACUAGUUCACAGUCCUUACUUUCAUCACUAUCUCUUUUGUACUAAUGAUGCAGGGGAGAUUGUUUUGGCACCUGACUAUGUGCGUUCAAAAACAUUUGAAGUUCUCUUUUAUCAUCCAAAGAAAAAAACUAUGAGAAGUGUGGUCAUACAAGGAAUCAGAGAACUAAUGGUUCCGCGUUGGGACAAGGAUCGAUAUCUUCGUAUAAUCUCCGUCUUCUCUGGUCAGGUUGAUAAUCUCAUGUUUCUCUGAGGCGCGCUCUCCCCACUGAUGAAAUGUUUGUUCUUCAGCUUUAGUUGUGUUUAAUCUUACUUACUUGGGAGGUUUUUGAUUAUCUUUUGUCUUUUUUUUUUUGGUGACAGUUUGUCUAUGUUCAUAGUAUCGAUCGGCAUGUAUUUAAUAUGUAGACUUUCUGUUUUGAACUAGGGCAUUACGCUCUUCAUCUUCUAUAAAUUACCUUUUAUAUA